GUUCCAGGACAUUUUCCUUGCAAGGCCAUCAAUAAAAUAGUUCAGCUUCCGACUGCAGGAGGGCCUCCGUUCCUGCUGUUCAGUGGCGGCAUGCCGCGGGCCAGCUACGGGGACAGACAUUGCAUCACUGUGAUCUACAGUAAAACACAAGUGGCCUUCGACUUUACCUCCAGGAUCAUCGACUUCUUUGUCACCAGAGAUGGCCCCCAGCACACAGGAGAGCCCAGCGCGCUGGUGGUACUGGUGGAGGAGGAGCUGGUUGUCAUAGACCUGCAGACGGAAGGCUGGCCUGUUAUUCAGACACCUUACCUGGUUCCGCUCCACAGUUCAGCCAUCACAUGCUCCCACCAUGUGUCUGCCAUUCCCCUUAAACUAUGGGAAAGGAUUAUUGCUGCUGGAGUUGUCCAGAACACUCAGUACUCAAAAAAGCCUUGGCCGAUAACAGGAGGUCAGAACCUGGCCCCAGAUCCUCCACAGAGGGACCUGUUGCUCACCGGACAUGAGGAUGGAACUGUACGCUUUUGGGAUGCAUCAGGAGUUUGCCUGUAUCCUCUGUACAAGCUGUCCACAGCGGCAGUGUUCAAUGCAGAUGCUGACCUUAAUGACAACAUGAGCCAAGGCGCUGAAGGAGAGUGGCCACCCUUCCGAAAGGUUGGCUGCUUUGACCCAUACAGUGAUGACCCAAGGCUUGGAAUCCAGAAGAUCCAUCUAUGCAAAUAUAGUGGCUACCUUACUGUUGCUGGCACUGCAGGACAGAUUCUGAUGCUGGAGCUGAAUGAUGAGGCAGCAGAGCAGACAGUGGAGGCUAAAAUUGUGGAUUUGUUGCAGGGACAAGAGGGAUUCCGCUGGAAGGGCCACACCCAACUGGAUGUUCGUGAGGAGCCUGUGCUUUUCCCGCCAGGGUUCCAGCCUUUCACUGUGGUCCAGUGCCAGCCUCCUGCUGUAGUAACAGCCCUCAGUCUACACUCGGAGUGGAAGCUGGUAGCCUUUGGAACCAGCCACGGCUUUGGCGUGUAUGAUUACCUACAGAAGAACAAUGUUCUUGUCAAGUGCACAUUAAAUCCCAGUGACCAGCUCGCAAUGGAAGGACCUCUGUCCAGAGUAAAGAGCAUAAAGAAGUCCCUGCGACAGUCAUUUAGAAGAAUCAGACGCAGCAGAGUUUCCUUGAGAAAACAUCACAUCAGCAAUACCAACAAGAUUCAGGAGGCAAACGCUCGUCUUGAGGCUGAACAGGCCGAGAUGGAGAUGGCUCCUGUCCAGAGGAAAAUUGAAGCUCGGUCCUCAGAUGAUUCCUUCACUGGCCUUGUUCGAACUCUAUACUUCGCUGACACCUUCUUGUCAGAUAGUUCACACAACACCCCGUCCCUGUGGGCAGGGACUAAUGGUGGAACAGUGUUUGCAUACAUUCUCUACAUCCCUCCUGUGGAGCACAGAGCAGAUGAAGCUCUUACUGCACAGCCAGCUAAGGAGAUCCAGCUGAUGCACCGUGCCCCAGUGGUUGGGAUUGUGGUGUUGGAUGGUCACGGGGCUCCCUUGCCUGAACCUUUAGAGACAGCCCAUGAUCUGGCUCGCUCACCUGACCUGCUUGGCUCACACCAUGUGUUGGUCAUCUCUGAGGAGCAGUUCAAGGUUUUCACUCUGCCAAAGUUGAGCUCUAAGAUGAAGCUUAAGCUGACUGCUGUGGAUGGGUCCAGGGUGCGGAGAGUGGGUGUGGCCUGGUUUGGCAGCAGCCGAACAGAGGACUAUGGGGAGAGUGGAUUGGUUUUUCUGACCAAUCAGGGUGACGUGCAUGUGUUGUCACUCCCACAUAUUAAAAUGCAGAUUAGGCACCCCUGCAUCCGACGGGAGGAUGUCAGUGGCAUCGCCUCCUGUGUUUUCACCAAGCAAGGCCAGGGCUUUUACCUGAUGUCUCCAUCUGAAUUUGAACGAUUCUCUUUGUCAACUCGCUAUCUGGUGGAACCUCGCUGUCUGGUUGAAGCUCCUCUUCCUCCAGUCUUUUCCAACCAACACCAACCAAAGCUUGAAGGAGCCUCAUCAGCCCUCAGAUGUACACAAGACACUGAGGAUGCAGAAAGUGCAGCUAGACGUGUUAUGGAGCAUGCAUUGCUGAAUGAUGAAAAGGUUCUACUGGAGAUCCAAAAGUCUUUAGAGGGUGACCAGACGGCAUUCCCAGGGAAUAAUGUGAAGAAUGCUGUUGUCUGAGAUCAGGUUCUCAACUGCUCAGAGAAUAAACCCAUUAAAAUGUAUGAAGUGCACUGCAGUCACACAGCUUCUCUAACCUCCUGCUUGGAACACACAACCACUACUGAUUCCUGAUCCUUCUAAGAGCCAUUUUAAAUGGAGGCCAAAAGGCUCACAGUGCUGCAGCUGUUUGAGUGCCUUAAGGAUGCAGCAGACUGAAGGAUGAGUCCAGGGCCUUAAACACGGCCUCCUUGGCAUGGUGACUCGCUUCCAGUUGAAAACUACAUUAAAUAUUUUCCUUUUCCUGCCCACAAUCUGAGUCCAUCAAACCAGUUGUGAUCAGUCCUCAUAGAUGCAAUGAAUACCUGUGGUAAAAGUAAGUUUGGGGAAAAAAAAUUAAUUUGAAGUUGUGUUUUUUUUGUUUUCUUUUAAACUAAGAUGUUUGUGGGUUUUCUUUUUUGUUUGCCAGUAUUUGUCUGUAUGUAUAUUGUAGUGAUACACAUGAAUUAGCUUGAUGCCUAAAUUUAAAAAUAUAUACUUUAAAAAUGUACUAUACUAUAUAUUUCACCCAAAUUCUUUUUAACGGGACACUAGGUAAUUUUAUACGGACACAUUCUCUAAUAAGGUUCAUGCAGUGAACUAAUUUUUAAUUUACUACUUUUUUGGUUUUACUAGGGGUCAUAAUUUUAAUAAUGGCCUUUUCAAUGUAGGUCUUUGUUGUAUUACGAUUUCUCCCUUUCAGAAUUUAUGAUUUUCUGUAAUCAUAAGAUAAAUUUGAAAAAAGGGCUGUUUCUAAAUUAAACUGUUACUUUUUAGGGGGAAAAAAGAUUCUUGUUUGUUAAAAAAAAAUGGGGAUUCACACUACAUUCUCAGUCCCACCCCUUUCUGUUAACUGUAAGGUAAUCUGUCCACAGGUACUUGUGCACUACAGCUCAGCACACUGUUCUUCUUUUGGGGGGAACUUUGUCUAGGGUUUAUUUUUAUAAAUAUUAUUAUUGUUAUUGUUUUGUAAACUGUUUAAGCCAGCAAUAAUUGAUGUGAUUUUGGAAUGUAAUUGUAAGUGAUGAUAGAAAAUUGUUAUAUACUGUAUUAUGUAUGUGACAACUGUGCCUAUUUUAACUGGGAUUGGCUGCUAUUUAGAUCACACUAGAAAAUAUUUUGGUACUGUGUGUUUGAAUGCUUGGUAUUUUAGCAUCAUCUUGCAAUAUAUUUUUGUAGUAAACUGAUUAUGAAACCUGAUAUUUUUCAGUUGUAUGAAAUUUUACACUGUAAUUUUCUUAUACACAAUUAUAUGUUUUUCCUAAGA